ACAGGUUUUUAUUGUGUGUCAGACACAGAGAGAGAGAGACGCUGAGAUUCAACUUCAGACCAAAACCACCACUGAGACAGGACAGCUACAGGAGGGAACACUGGGAACACUGGGAACACUGGGAACACGAACACUUCAAGCUGCUGCUGAAUCCACAAACUGAACAAGAGUUUGACGACAGCAAAGACUGAAAGUGAAAGUAAGUUUGAGGGAGCUGCCGUGUGCUGUGAGACUAAAUGGCUUCCAGAUUAGAGGAAGAUCUCUGCUGUUCUGUCUGCCAUGACAUCUUUAAAGAUCCUGUCAUCCUGUCAUGUAGCCACAGCUUCUGUAAAGUCUGUCUGCAGAACUGGUGGACCGACAAACAAGUCCACGACUGUCCACUCUGUAAGAGAAGAUCUUCAAAGGAAGUCCCUCCUCCUAACUUGGCUUUGAAGAACCUUUGUGCGACCUUCUUACAGGAGAGAGAUCAGAGAUCUUCAGAGGCUCUCUGCAGUCUGCACUCUGAGAAACUCAAACUCUUCUGUCUGGACGAUAAACAGCCGGUGUGUCACAUCUGCAGAGAUUCAAAGAAACACACCGAGCACAGAUUCAGACCCAUCGAUGAAGCUGCACAGGAUCACAGAGAGGAGCUCCAGACAUCUCUGAAACCUUUGAAGGAGAAACUGAAGAUCUUUGAAGGAGUUCAAGUGAAGUUUGAUCAAACAGCAGAACACAUUAAGGUCCAGGCCCGACGCACAGAGAGGCAGAUUAAGGAUCAGUUUAAGAAGCUUCACCAGUUUCUAGAAGAGGAAGAGGAGGCCAGGAUGGCUGCACUGAGGGAGGAAGAGGAGCAGAAGAGUCAGAUGAUGAAGCAGAAGAUGGAGGCCCUGAGCAGAGAGAUAGCAGCUCUAUCAGACACCGUCAGAGCCACAGAGGACGAGCUGAGAGCUGAAGACGUCUCAUUCCUGCUGAACUACAAGGCUGCAGUGCAAAGAGUCCAGCAGCGCCCCCUGCUGGAUGAUCCACAGCUGCCCUCAGGAGCUCUGAUAGACGAGGCCAAACACCUGGGCAACCUGACCUUCAACAUCUGGAACAAGAUGAAGGACAUGAUCUCCUACACUCCUGUGAUUCUGGAUCCAAACACUGCUUAUCCAGAACUGAUCCUGUCUGAAGAUCUGACCAGUGUGAGACGAGGACAGAGACAGCAGCUUCCUGACAAUCCAGAGAGGUUUGAUCAUUCCUGCUCUGUUCUGGGCUCUGAGGGCUUUAACUCAGGGACUCACAGCUGGGAUGUCGAGGUUGGAGAAUGUAAACACUUGUUUCUGGGUGUGUUAGCAGAGUCUGUCCAGAGGAAGGGAUACAUAUGGUCUGAAGUAUGGGCAAUAUAUUUACUUUUAGGUAAAUACUCUACACGCUCUCCAUCAGGUCCAGACACUGUUCUCGACAUCCAGAAGAAGUUCCAGAGGAUCAGAGUGAAUCUGGACAUGAACAAAGGAAAACUGUCGUUCUCUGAUCCUGAUACUGACACACACAUACACACCUUCAUACACACUUUCACUGACAAGAUGUUUCCAUGGAUUUACACUGUGGAUUACGCCCCACUGAAGAUCUCACCAGUGAAGGUGUGUGUGACUGUAGAACAACAGAGAUGAUGAUGAUGGUG